GACAACGCGCAUUUUUUGAAGCGAUAAUAAUCUCAUCAAUGAUUAAUACAUUAUAAUAUACACUCCGGUUUAAAGACAGAGUCACGCGUUAUAAAUAGUAACUACUAAUAUUUUUGCGCCAUUACACAACUCAUUCAUUUUGUAAAUAAAAUCCCAUUUUGUUCUCCGAUUUGUUUGGAUCAAAUACAGGAUGAGGAGGAGGAGUUCAUUGGCUUUAUAUUCUUCAUUGAUUAUGUUCCUUCUCUUAAUCUCUCGGCCUUUGCCAAUUUCAUCUCAUGAAAAUCAUGGAAACACAGCCCAAACGUUAAUGACGACAUCCUGGAGACGAGGUUUUGCACAACACCGCGAGUCCCUUCGAAUUUUCAUUAGGAAAGGUGGACGUGGUGGUGGUGGUGGUGGUGGUAAGGGUCGCGGUCUCGUCCCUAAGUCGGCUUCCACUCGACCUUCUCUUUCGAUAACAUUUGGUUUCGGUUCCACGGUCACGAGCUUGAUGUUGUUGAUGUUCUUCGCCUUCUAGCUAGUUUCGUAGUUUGUGAGCUUCAAGCGUUGUGAAAGUUUUUAUAAAUUGUAAUAUGGUGUAUUUGUUUUUUUUUUCUUUUUCUAAUCAUGUGAGCUGAUCAUUGUAAAAUCCGGGAAAACACACAAAAGUUAUCGUGGCUUAUAUAUGUAAUUGUUAAUUUUAAUCGAAAACAAAGAAAUUCUCCUUUUUGAGUUAUAUUUGGACUUUUGAAUUCUCUAUUAAUUGUUACGACUUAUGGUGAUAAUCUUCAGAUAAUUGUACUUAUUCAUAUCUUACUAGUUGUAACAUUGGGGUAUGUCUCAAUUUGAUUUAGUCCAAUCAAAUUGUACUUAUGAUGAAUUUGAUAUGUACAACAGUAUACGACUACAAGAAACAAUACAUCAAAUUCGUGAUCUUAAUGCGUGCGUUUUCUCCGGCAAACAAACGCAUUAAGAAAUUCGUGAAAAGUUACCGGAGACGUGACUCUUGAGUCGUGAGCGAGACAACAACAACGGUUGGGCUGAGUGAGAAGGCAGUGACAGCCACAAAUUGCACUUGGCCUUGCAAUUUAUAGAAAGUUUUAGAAACCCUCCGAAGCUCCACUUCACCUUUAUCACUUUUAAAACGACGAAGAUUUGAGAUUUUCUUCACACGCUGCCGUUUAUUUGCUGCCAAAUCUUUUCUUUUUUUUUUUCAUAUUUUUCGUAAUCAACCGAAGACUGCGAAGUGGCGGUACAUUAAUAGUUUAAUACUAAUAUACACUCCGGUUUAAAGACAAAGUCACGCAUUUUGAAGCCAUGAUCUCAUUAUUCUUUAGUGUUAUAAAUACAGCAGUAAAUACUAAUUCUUUGCCCCCCAUACACAUCUCGUUCAUUUUCUGGAAUAUCCCAUUUUGUUCCCCGAUUUGUUUGGAUCAAAUACAUUAUCCACACCUAUUAUUUUGAUAAACACACAAAUGAGGAUUUCACUGGCUUUAUAUUGUUCAUUGAUUAUGUCCCUUCUGUUUUUCUCUCUGCCUUCACCAGUUUCAUCUGAAAAUCAAGAAAGUAAAGCCCAAACGAUGACGACCUCUUGGAGACGAAGUCUUGCACAACACGGUGACUCUCUUCGUGUUUUCAUUAGGAAACGUGGUGGUGGUGGUGGUGGUGGGAGGGGUCGUAGUAGCCGCCGUCCUGUCCCUACUGGCGGUGGUGGUUCGUCAGCUACCACUCGACCUUCUCUUUCCAUCACAUUCCGUUUAGGUUCCACCGUCGCGAGCUUGAUGUUGUUGAUGUUCUUCCCCUUCUAGUUUCAUACUUGUGAGCUUUAAGCAUUGUGAAGCUUUUUAUAAAUUGUAAUGGUGUGUUAUUUUUUACUAAUCGUGUGAGCUGAUCAAAUAUUGUAAAAUCAGGAAAACACAAAUUCAUCGUGGCUUGUAUAUGAAACUGUUAAUUUUAAUCGAAAGCAAACAAAUUCCUUUGAGGUAUAUAUAUAUAUAUAUAUAUAUCAACUUUGUAAUAUAUAUAUAUAUAUAUAUAUUUCGAUUUUUUUUUGCUAAAAAUAAAUAUAUUUCGACUUUGAAUACUCUGAUUAAUCGUUACGACUUAAAAUGAUUAUCUUCAGACAACUAUUCAUACUUAUCUUGCUAAUUAUAUCAUUUGGAGUAUGUUUCGAAUGGAGUUCAUUAUGAUUUAGUCCAAUCAAAUUGUACUUAUGAUGAAUUCGAUAUGUACAACUGUAUACGACCAUAAGAAACAAUAAUAAUAGGUUUACAUCAAAUUUUCAACCUACGAUAUAUCUGAAUAUUGUGUAAUCUUUCUCAAUCUUGGACUAGGCAAUGAGUUUUGGAGAUGGAGAAUAAUUUCUGACGUCGUGUGCACCAACUAGAGAUUAGACGUAUGACCAUAAAUAAGAAUUUCAGAUAAUUAAAAUAUAUUACUUUCAUUAGUUUUGACGUAUAUGUAAGAAAAAAAGACUCAUUUUUCUGUCAAACAAGAAGAGUUCUUGGUGUGUCUUGUAUACUUGUACUGUAUAGAAUUAUUAUUUUAAUUGAAAGCUAAUAAAUAUGAAAUUUCUCCCAUAACUCCUCCUUAAGAUGAAAAUCAUUUUUACAACCACAUCUUGACAUUGUAAUCUUUUAGGUAUAGUGGAAACAGCUUGUCUUGCACUAAUUCUUUUUUUUUGUUGGGUCAAAAAGUCUUAAACUAGUUCUUGAUUAUUGAUUUUCUUAGUAUAUUCCGUAUUGGUGAUAUAUAUGCAUAAAUCAUUUUUCGACCUGUUGGUACUACAUAUAUACACCGAAUGCCACGAGAAGGAAAAAAAAUAUACUUUAGAUCAAACUUUGACUCACGAGGAGUGCGGAAUGAAGUUUAGGAUGGUUACUUGUAACGUGGUGUGCAUGUAUAAACGGAUUAGGGUACUUCAGACUAAUCACGAUCUAAUGUAGCAUUUUUUUUUUUUUUUUGAAUUGGAAAAUGUAGCAUUACUGGCCACGCUAAUAAGAAAGCAAGAGUAAAUCAGCUUCUUUUUUUUUUCAAACAGAUUAGACUGCUCAUUACUC